AUGGAGAGGAAGAGCCCGGGGUGCUGUGAGGCCCCAAAGAAGCUGGGCCUGUCCUUCUCCAUCGAGGAGAUCUUAAAGAGGCCGGCUGACCGGAGCGAUGAGGUCAGGCCAAAAGAGGCAGGGGGACAGAGCGCCCAGCAAGCAGCAGCUGCAGACCCGGAGCCGCAGAGACCCCCGCGGGACCAACCCCCGGAGGAGAAGAAGGGCAAGCGGAGGAUCCGAACCACCUUCACCACAGAGCAGCUGCAGGAGCUGGAGAAGAUCUUCCACUUCACCCACUACCCCGAUGUCCAUAUCCGCAACCAGCUGGCAGCCAGGAUCAACCUCCCAGAAGCUCGGGUACAGAUCUGGUUCCAGAAUCAGCGAGCCAAGCGGCGGAAGCAGGAGAGGACCGGCAGCCUGGGAGCUCCGCCGCAGCUGAGUGAGGCGGCCCUGGCCCCGCCCACAAACCCGGACGUAGCCGGCCCCAUGCUGCUGCCCCCCACACGGCCCUGGCUGACUCCUCUCUCAGGGUGCUGUCCGCUGGUUCAAGGUCAACUAGCCUCUGCCUGGCUCCCCACCCGGAUCACCCUCCUCCCAUGCCACCCAUGGGCGACACAGCCCCUCCUGGGCCCUCCCAGCCAGCAGACCUGUGUCCCUGCACUCUGCUUUUUUCCAUCUCCUCACCCCAAAUGGGGCGGCAUCUGUGCCACUUCCGCGCAGGGACCGGACAUCCUCUCCCUGGUGGACCCACUGUCCUCUCCAGGUGAAGGCAGGUGGCAGAAAGGUGCCCAGGCCUCUGGGGGAAUCGUCUCAGAAUUCACAGCCCAAGAAGCCACCCUGAGUGCAUCCCUUGGAAGGUUACAUCGGACUCAGCAGCAAGAUGGCCAAUAA